AUGGGGAUCGCAAUGUCCAAAGUGUUCGCGGCGCUGUUCGGCAGCAAGGAGGUGCGCAUCCUCAUCCUGGGCCUCGACAACGCCGGCAAAACCACAAUUCUCUACCGCCUGCAAGCGGACGAGAUCGAGCAGACCGUGCCUACAAUUGGCUUUAACAUGGAAACGCUACAAUACAAGAAUAUCAAGUUCCAGGUGUGGGAUCUAGGCGGCCAGACGAGCAUCCGGCCCUAUUGGCGGUGCUACUACCCCAACACAGACGCCAUCAUCUACGUCGUGGACUCGGCCGAUGUCGACCGCCUCAAUAUCGCCAAACAGGAGCUGCACGCUAUGCUGGAGGAAGAAGAGCUGAAGGACUCGAUUCUGCUCGUAUUUGCGAACAAACAGGACCAGAAGGGGGCGUUGAACGCUGCUCAGAUAUCGGAGGCUAUGGGAUUGUCAGACAUCCGCAACCGUCAAUGGUCUAUCAAGGAAACCACAGCAACACAAGGAUCAGGGCUCUUCGAAGGGUUCGACUGGAUCGUGACGUGCAUAAAGGGCGAGUAG